CACGCCCCUGACGAUGAUCGUCGGGGCGAACGGCUGCGGCAAGACGACGGUUAUCGAGUGCCUCAAGUACGCGUGCACGGGCGCACUUCCCCCCGGUGCGCGCAACGGCCAGUCGUUCGUCCACGACCCCAAGGUGUCGGGUACAAACGAAGUGAAGGCCAACAUCAAGCUUCGUUUCUCGGCGAGGGACAGAACGGCGAGUGGGUGUGGUGAUCCGGUCCUUCCAGCUAACCCAAAAGCGGAAGACCCUCCAGUUCAAGGCGCUAGAUGGCGUCAUCAGAUCCCGCUGCGGCUGGGCGUGUCGAAGGCCAUCCUGGAGAACGUCGUCUUCUGCCACCAGGAGGACGCCAGCUGGCCCCUGCAGGAGGGCGCGGUGGUCAAGAAGAAGUUCGACGACAUCUUCGAGUCUGCCCGCUACACCAAGGCCCUGGAGAACAUCAAGAAGACUAAGCAGGAGUACGCCUCCGCCGUCAAGGAGCUGAAGGUCGAUCUCGCCGCACUCCAAGAGAGGCUGCGCGCGGCCAACGACCUCAAGGAAGAGAUGGACGCUUCCACCGAGACGUACAGCAACCUUCGCAAGGAGAUCGAGGCGAUCGACGAGCGCACCGCGGAGCUGUCCGAGUCGCUCGAGAAGCUUCGCGCCGUGGCGGAUGAGGUGCGGAUGCUGGAGGAGCGCAAGCAGUCCCUGUUGCUGGCGUGCCGCGACCUGGACGUGCGCAUGACCGAGAAGCGAGACAACAUCGGCGACGGCGAGAUGAGCUCCGAGUCGGACGAGACGCUAAGGAAGAACCUUCAGGAGUUCGACGAUAAGCUCGCCGUUGUCGCGGACGAGAUUCAGUUCUACGCGGACGAGGCGGACCGGUGCAGGGAGAGGGCUGAGGCCGCCAAAAAGAAGAAGGACCGACUUCAGGGGGAGCAGGGCAGCGUCCAAGCACAGCUCACCCAACAGGAGCGGGAAGUGGCGGCACGGGACGGCAUGAUGAAGAGCCUCUGCUCGCAAUACGACAUCUUCAACCCUGCGCCCUCCGCCUCCGCCGCCGGUAGCUCGGAAGCCCCAGCACCUGCUACGCUCUACACGUCGUCCGACGUGGCGAGCUUCCAGGAAUCGCUGCAGGCGACUCUAGACAAGGCCCAGAAGGCCCUCGACGACGUCAUAGCCAAGAACCGAUCAGAGGAGGACACGAUGAACGAGGAGAUGAACUCUCUCAAGCUCGAGCAACGGAGCAGCCUGGAGGCGGUAGAGGCCAAGGAGCGGGAGCUGCGAAAGAUCCAGAGUGACGCCACGUCGCUCUCCAGGGGAGGGGGCUCCGCGGCCGGGGCUCCGGGUGGCAGCCAGAGCCAGCUGGGCACGGCGACCGUGUCCAAGCUCAAGAGGGAGCUCGAGGCUGCUCAAGCGGCCAAGGAACAAGCAAUCAAGGAAUCGGACGACUUCUUCCAGAACGACAAAUCGCAGGAGGUUGCCAGGGAGAGCAAGGUCCUCGAGGGCCGGCUCAGCGAGAUCAGGUUGGGCGUCGAGGAGGAGGAGGCGGCGGUCAAGGCUCUCAGCAGCCAGCAACAGGAGCAGAGCCAGAUCGCCGUCAAGACCGCACAGAUCGAGGACGACGAGGGGAGGCUGGACGAGAGGGUCAAGGCAGAGCCGGCGUUCACGAACGCCUCCGUCAUCAACCCCCCUCAGGACGUUACGGAGGCCUCUCUGGGGUCGGUGGCGACGGAGCUCAGGAUGGCGUCGUCUAAGCUGGAGAGCGACCGCGUCGAUAAGGCUAGGCAGGUCAUGGACCUGCACCGUGAGGUCGCCAACAACAACACCAACCUGGUCAACACCAAGCGCGAGAAGUCGCGCGUGCAGCUCCGCCUGGGCGAGCUUUCGAGAGCGGUCAAGGUGGUGGAGGACAGCAUGAGGGGGUUGCCUGACCCCCCCGGCGAGGCGCUGGACGCCGCGAAGCACUAUGACUGGGUGGGUGGAGCGGGUUUCUCCGUUACAUUAUUCUUUCGUUGUUUUGGUGAGUGA